AUGGCCCCGCGCGCUUCGCGCUCGCCCAAGACCGACCCGACCCGCCCCCCGGAGGAACCCCCCUCCCUGCCCGAGGCCUCCAGCGGGCCGGAGAGCGCCCAGCCGGCAUCCCGGGCGCCCCGCCACGGGCGGCCAAGGUCGCCGGCCCCGGAACCAGGGCCGCAAACCUGCGCGAAGGAUGCGAAGGAUGGGGGCGGUGCAGAGGGGACGCAGGACUGUGGGUGCGAGAGCGGAUUCAGCAGCAGCACGAACGUGUGCAGGGAGCGGAGGGACCAGCGCGGGGCCGCCCAGAGGUGCUACCCGGACGUGGAGGAGCUGCAGUGCUCGAUCUGCUACGAGCUGCUGCUGGACCCCGUUGUCGGCAGCUGUGGGCAUGACUUCUGCCGUCACUGCUUUGAGGAAUGGAAGAAGCGGAGCAGGAAGAGGAACUGCCCGAUCUGCAGGAAACGCCUGCCAAGCGACUUAGGCGUGUGCGGUCGCUUGAAGGACAUGAUCGAGAAGCUGUUCCCUAAUCAGUCUUCAAUUCGGCGGCAGCAAGUGGAGAGCUGGCAGAAGGAGGCCCAGGAGCUGGGAGGGGGUGCUCGCGAUGCUGACCUUGAGGCACUAAUGGCACAGAUCUCCCACCUGCUUGAGGACGCGAACUCGGGGGCAGAGAUGGAUGGCAGUGAGGACAUUCGAAACAGUGGUGACCCGGCGGGCGCCCUCAGCAACGACGACUCCGCCUCCCGCCCCGCCGGCCCCUCCGACGCCCCGCCCCGCCCCUCCACCUCCGCCCCUGACGCCGCCGCGCCGGGCUGGACCCGCCACGUGCGCCCGCGCUCCUCUCUGCUGGCCAACGUCGCCUUCACCAUGGGCUCCUACCACCGCCGGCGCCGGCGCUUCAGGGCCAGCUCAUCCCAAUCCAGCGGCGCGAUCACGAGCAGCGGAGGGGGAUCGGCAUCCGCGGGGGCCUCCGGCCCCGAGUCGCGCCAGUCGCGCGGCGGGGUGAGCCAUUCGAUCGACGGGGGCGGGGCGCCGGCGUCCCAGGCCGCGGGGUCGUCGCAGCAGUCCGUGCGCCGGCCGCUGCCGGUGGUGGACGAGCAGGACUCACAGGGAGAGCAGACGUCGUGA